AUGUCCAAAGAUUUGACGGGAAGCCAAGUGGCCGGAGCUGUGCUGGUGCUGCGGUGCCACUCGUCAGACUCAGGGGGAGGCCCAGCCGGCAGGGCAACGUCCCACGCAGAGGUUCUGCAGCUCUGCCCCUGUGUCCUUCAUGGUCACAGGCUUGUCCUACCAAGGCUGGCCGUGGCAGUGGCUGGGGCUGCCCACUUGGGCAAGAGACCCCCAGGGAGCUCCUGCCCGCUGGCUUUGCAAUUGGGGUGCUGGUGGCCAGAAGCAAGUGCUGCUGAGGGGAGCGGUGUGAAGGCGGGGCCUUGUUGGUUGCAUGACUCUGGUGUCUCUGGCGGCUGUGACGUCACAGAGGACAGGUCACAAUGGGAGCUGUCCCUAAGGACAACAGCGGGCAGCCCCAGGGCAGUUGGACUUGGGCGAUCAGCCAUGGAUUCAGCACUUGUGCUCCUCCUGGCUGUGCUGGCCGUCCUGCCCAAGCCGACCCACGAUCGCCCGAGCGAUGCAGUCGCUGCGGAGCGGAUGAAGAGACGGCAGAUGUUUUUGGAGCAGAAGAUGAGCGAGCUGUGGGAGGAAGUUGAGUGGAGGAGGGCCCUGGAAAAAGUUCCACUCCUGUGGAUCUUGCAGCACUGGCUCUUCUGGGUGGCUGCAGCAGCUGUGCUCUGCUGGCUGGCCUGGCGCCGUCAGCGGGACAGCUGGCGAGGAGAGGAGGAAGAAGAGCUCGGCGCAGCAGCCGGGGCUGUCAGGCCUUUCCCGGAGCUCAGCCGGUCACCGCUGCACGAACUGCCCUACAUGGGCCGCACCCUGAAGAAGCUGGUGCGGGACCUGCUGGAGGUGUGCCAGGUGCUCUCCCAGAACACCUUCAUGCCAGAGCUGCACCCGGCCACCCAGAAGCAGGGCACCCUCGAGUCCUGGAGUGACCUGGGGCACCAGAUCAUCUACCAGCUGGUCGUCUUCCUCAGGCCACCCCCCAGGCACUCUUUCCAGCUGCAGCCGCCCAACGGCAGGAAUGUGCCAGAGAGGUGCUCCAACAUCCGGGUGGUGCUGGAGUGCUCGUGCUCCAGCACCACGGGGGAGACGUCGUGCUUUGUCCACCCCACGCACGACGCUCAGCCCUCGCGCCUGCUACGCACCCUCUGCACAGACUCCCACUUGGAGGUGGAGAAAACCGCCGCCUGGGUGCAGAGCUUGGUGGAAGCAGCCUGGGAGCGUUUGCCCCAGUGGCACGACUGGCAGCUCCAGCUGCUGCCCUCCUCCCGCUCCUGCAGGCUCCUGCUGACCGGCCCCUGCCCGGUGCAGCUCUGCGCUGAGCUGCUCUUGGCACUGCGGCAGGGCCGGCCAGGCAACUUCCUGGUGCUGGAAUAGGCACCUGCAGCUCUCCCACCUGCUGCUUUAGUCUGGGCUAGGGUUAGAGUAGGAUAGAGUAGGAUAGAGUAGGAUAAGAGUAGAGUAGGAGAGAUUAAGGAUGGGGUUAGAUUUUCCAAGGGUGGGUUUAGGCUGGGGUAGAGUUAGGCUUAGGAUGGCCUUAGGCUUGUAGGGGGAUAGAUGUUAAGCUAGUGUUUUCCCAAGGGUGGGUUUAGGCUGGGGUAGAGUUAGGCUAAGGUAGAUAGGAUAGGCUUCCAUCUUCUGCAUCUCCUCCACAGGGGGUUGUAUUUUGCUCCCUUUCUGCUUCCAACUUGAAAAUAAAGAGAAAGGUUGAGCAGAG